UAUGAGGAGAGAGCAUGCAGUGGGCAUAACUAAAGGCAUGGCAUGUAAGACAAAGCAAAUUGCAAAAACAGUGGUUGAAGGUGAUGCAUCAAGACAGUACUCUAUGUUGUGGAGGUAUGCUGCAGAACUAAAAAGAGUUUGUGCAGGAAACAACUGCAAAAUUAACAUGGAGAGGCCAGCCCCUACACUGCAACCAAGAUUUAGUCGUUUCUACUUCUGCUUUGAUGGAUGUAAAAAGGGAUUCACUAGUGCAUGUAGACCAUUUAUUGGUGUUGAUGGGUGUCACCUGAAGACAAAAUAUGGAGGUCAAUUGUUGGUGGCUGUAGGAAGAGAUCCAAAUGAUCAAUACUUUCCUUUAGCUUUUGGUGUUGUUGAAACAGAAACAAAGGAUUCAUGGAGUUGGUUUCUUCAGUUGCUGCUAGAGGAUGUAGGACAAGACAAAAGAUACGUCUUUAUCUCAGACCAACAAAAGGGACUCAUUCAAGUGCUUGAAGAAAAAGCUCAGACCAUUGACCAUAGGUUGUGCUUAAGGCAUUUGUAUGCUAAUUUUAAGAAGAAGUUUGGAGGAGGAACAUUGAUUAGAGACUUGAUGAUGGGUGCUGCCAAGACUACAUAUUACCAAGGCUGGGAGCAGAAGAUGAAUGAGCUUAAGAAUGUAGACAGAGAUGCAUAGGAAUGGUUGAUGCAGCAUCCAACUAAAGGUUGGUGUAAACAUGCUUUUGGUUUUUAUCCCAAAUGUGAUGUGAUUAUGAAUAAUAUUAGUGAGUCUUUUAAUAGCACAAUCCUAGUUGCUAGGGACCACCCUGUUCUGCCUAUGUGUGAAUGGAUAAGAAACUAUCUAAUGAAUAUGAUGGCAACUGCUUGUAGUAAACUUGAUAGGUGGCGACACAAUGUAAUGUCAAAUCCUAGAAGAAGGCUAGACAGGGAAAUAGAAUUUAGUGCUCAUUGGGUACCAACCUGGAGUAUAGAUGAGCAAUACUAAGUCAAUCAUGUCUUUAAUGGUCAAGGUUUCAUUGUUGAUGUUAGUAAGAGACAAUGUUUAUGUAACUUUUGGGAGCUAGUUGGAAUUCCUUGUAGGCAUGUUGUGGCUGCACUUGGGUAUAAAAAAUUGAAGCUUGAAAACUAUGUUGAUGAAUGUUACACAAGAAAAACAUAUGCACUAUGUUAUACUUUUAAUGUGUCUCCUAUCAAUGGGGAAGAAAUGUGGCCACAUGUGGAAGUUGAAGACAUGCUCCCUCCUGAGUUUAAAAAGGGUCCAGGUAGACCUAAAAAACUAAGGUUCAGGGAACUUGGUGAAGGUGGUGGAAGAUUUAGGAGGCUAGUAGUAGCUUAUAGAUGCAUUACUUGUGACAAAUUUGAGCAUAAUGCUAGGAGCUGUAAAGAAAACCAGAACCCAACUGCACUAAAAAGAAAGAGAAAGCCUGCUAAAAAUGCCACUACAUCUGAAGCAGAAGAAACAAGUGCUCCUGUUGAUGAUGAUGAUGAUGCAUUUUUUGAUCAAGUAAUUAUCACCAAUGCUGAUCAACUAGAUGUUGUUGUCAACAAUGUUGUCUCCCAGCCAAGUAAUGCUUCUCAGUCAAGUAGUGUGUCUCAGCCAAGCAAUGUGUAUCAGUCAAGCAAUGUGUCAAAGCAGCCAAAGACAAAGCAAACCAAGCAUCCCAAGAAGCCAAAGGCUAUGUCAGUUCCACAACUAAAGCCUACUGCUAUGUCAGUUCCAAAUGUGCCAAACGCUAUGUCAGUUCCUAAGCCAAAGCCAAAGCCUGCUACCACACUGAAAUCUACCCACUUGAAGAAAAGAUGCAGUCAAAGAUUGAAGACAGUGAAGAGGCUUAAGAAUAUUGAUGGACCUGGAUGCUCUGCUGAUCAACCUAUGACAAUUGAUAAUGAGGAAGAAGCUGGUGUCAUGACCCAAGAGAGUGCUGCUAUUGUUCCUGCUAAAGUACCUGUUCUUGGUGCCUGCCUUAAAUUGAUGAAGCCUUGGGGAGAACUAUCUACAAGAUCUACACAGUAGUUGUAUUGACUGCCAUUUGUUUUUUGAUGUACUUUUUUUGGUCUGACUUAUGCACUUGGUCACUUAUGCACUUGCCUACUAUGUAGCUGUUUUUUGGUCUGUCAUAUGCACUUGGUGUGCACUAUGUUUUGGAACUAGAUGCUUUCCUUUUAAUUUCUGUUUUAUGCUACAUUACGUGCACUUGAUGUGCUUUAAUUUGUAAUGAGACAUAUGCACAUAAUGCGCU